AGGAACAUUUUAUAUUCAGAUGUGGCUGCAAGUGCUUUUUUCAAUUAAAAAUGUUUGAAAACUUCGAGGAGCACAGUGGAACGGAUUGGUAUGGUUGAAUGAGGAUAAACGACCAGAGAAGUUUAACCUGGAGCAGAUUGAGGGGGAUUUCACUGAGCAAAACUACCUGAAUGCUUUCAAACAGCUGCUCCCUGGAUGCUUCAUUGGAAAUCUGCAGGAAGGGGGUGCUGAUCUCACUGGACUGCAUGUCUCCGGCCACCCGCAGCAGGCAGCUGAGGACCAUGUCUUUGGCCAGGCCGGCCUCCAGGUUCCCUUCCCGGCUCAGCUGCAGAGUGAUCUGGUCGAGGCUGGUCAGGACGAGCUCUGAGCCCAGCAGAGGUAUAGGGCCCGGGUCUGAAUCCGAACCAGGAGCCCCUUCCCUGGCCAUGUUCUCCAUCAUGUAUUGCUGGUACAAAUCCAACAGCUUCUGCUCCAGGUAGUGAUUUAGCAGAGAGUUGGAGAACGGACCUUCAUGGUCCUGGAACAAAAAGCUCCGAUCUCGGGCACUGCCCAGUCUCCAGCGAUUUGAGCCCCCUCUCAGUGGAUGCAGGAGCCCACCCUGAGAUGCAUGUCCUGGAGGAGAGUCCUCCACAGCUGAGGGGACAUCACAGGAGUGGAGGAAAGGGCCCACAGCCUUCGCUUUAGGACAGACUCGGAUCUCACCAUCAUUGGUGGAGAGAGGCAGCACCUGGUCACCUCCAAUAUGGAGGUCACUGUAAUUUUGGCAAAUGCUCUGACAGAAGGAAGGGACCAAGAAAGGAGCGUCACCCAGUGAGCGAGCCUGAGCCGGGAUCUCUAUCUCCGGCGAGAUCUGUCUGCAUGGCCGGGCUCUGAGGACGUCAAAGGACUGCAGCGGGGAAAUGUACAACGCCAUCGGAUCACUCGUGUUGUCCAAACAACCCGUCAGCUCGGGGGAAUUGUGACGAAGGAGUGGAGUGUGUGUGAUGGAGCCUGGCACCAGGGUCGCAGCUGCUCUCGGCUGCCCGUAAACACUCUUGGGAGCUUUCUGAGGAGGGAGAGGAUCCAACUCCUCCAGCUCGCCAUAGGUCAUCCUCAGCAAUCUGCCCUCACAAAGCAUGGCUGCAAAAAAUCACAUGGGUUUAUUAAGAGAUGCAUUCCCGGCCUCAAGAGGUGCAACUACAGUUGUUGUUAUUUUGCCCACUAAGUCCCGUAUGAUUCAGGAUAUCUGCAACAGGCCGGCCGCGCAGUAGUAAUGGCUGCACAAAGUGUAGGGUUACCAACCUGUUGUCAAAGCGAUGUCGCUGAGCAACACCCGAAAACAUUAAACACUUGCAGAAACUCUGACCUGCUUCUGUGUCACCAGAGAGCAACCAUUUGGCAUUUUCAGCACCCUGGACAGCAACAGUGAAGAGCUCCAGUUUACUGUUUAUUUUUGUUUGCUCUCAGACAUAUUGUCUGGCUUUAAGGGGAUGCAUAUGGAUAGAUGCUUCACAAAGACUGAGGAACCUAAGGACAUGUCUGCAACCCUGAAAGACUUUGUUUAGAGGGAUGUUCAGGAAGAUUAACAAUGUGUUUCGUCCCAACCAGCAAGGACCCAGAGGGCGGGAUGGGGGUGGCGGUGGGUUUCGCUCGGAGCAGGACUACCACAGCGCCUGCACCGUCAGGCUUGUCCGCAGCACCUCCAUGCUGGUGGUGGGAGAGAAAACUCAAGUGGUGAGCUCCACUUUGAAACGCAGCAAAAGCACAGUGAGCAUCGAGUCGACCUUGUACUAUUAUCAGAGACAAGAGGACAGGAUUUGGCUCUACUCUCAGAAUCAGAACUGCCUGGAGUACCUGGAAGCACUUGUGGCUUUGAGACGGCAGUACACAAAGAGUGUGAGUGACUUCAAAAGUAAUGACUCCAAGGCCACGCUGCCCUCCAAGAAGAAGCCAGCACCUCCUCCGCCUACAAAGGAACGAGCAAUAUCAAGAGCCAAACCCUCCGCUCCUCCCGUCCCCAACGUGGAGGACACGCUGCAGUUCUUUGAUGCAGUCAUCGCCGACUGUGACCGCGAACCUUUGCGGAAACCGUAUAUGGAUGAUGGAAACGCAGAUGUGGACUUCAUAGUGGCCUCCAGCUCGGCCGAACACGACCUUCACUCUAACUGGGUCUUACGGGUUCCUCGGGUGGCAGAUGACUCCGAGCAGGAGGAAGUUCAUGUGUGUGCCAAGGAAAGCGCCCGAAAGAAGAAAAACAAGAGCGGGUCCACCAGCAGCAGACUGCGGCUGCAGAGGAACCCGAUCCAUCUGCCCAAAGUGGUGGAGAGUGCAUUCCAGACUCUGCGCUUCAAGCCCAAAUUAAAAAAAGCAGCGAAGCUUGAUGGACAUUCGAAACCACCAGCACUGCCACACUGCUGAUGAAGAGCUCAACCCAGUUUGUAUGGACCUACACUGUGCUCUGCUAAAACUCCAUCGGGUCAAUUAAAGAAGCCCUAUUAUGCUUUUUGGGGGUUUCCUCUCCUGUAGUUGUAUAGAUUUGUGUGCAUGUAAAUGGUCUGCAAAGGUUAAAUCUCAGAGUUCCUCUCGCACACAUUCUGAAAUGCCUCCAUUGUGACAUCACUAUGUCACACUCGAGGUACAAAAUACAUAUAUGAACCAGAAAGGUAGCUUAAUAUGUCCUGUUUAAUACUUUUUCCUAUUUCAAAUGAAUUUUAAUAAAGAACAUUUCAAAAAUAUAUAUAUUUUAAGCCAACAUCAUUCCUCUUUUUUAACCGCAGACAUUUUGACUUUGUAAAAAACAAUCGUUUGCACCAAUUAUAUGAACAAUUUCCCAGUCAGCCUUGAUACUGUUACGGAGAGCCAGCAUGCACAAUACCCUGACCAAAAACUAGGAGCAUGAACUCAGCCAUUAUCAGCAAAAGGCCAUCAUAAGCUACAGGAAGCACUCUCUAUUCACCGUCUGUGUUCCUUUAACUCUUAAUUAUUAUUCUCAUGUCAUCUUUAUAAACAUGUUCCAAAUAUUCAACUUAGCAAUUUCCUUCAAUCGUCAAAAGGUUCAGCUUAAUUUGGAGAUUUGCGCUGUUUCUUCAACAAUUACUACCGUUUAUAAUUUACAAAGUAUUCCACAUUUUCCGGGAAAAGUUCCGCAUUCUAAUGAAUGGACAGAAUAUUCACAAUUGAGACAUUGUAACAUUUUUCAUGCAUUCCACUCGUUCAUUCUUUAAGCUAGAAACCCUUUUCAAACCUCACAUUUUUCAACACCUUCCAUACAUUAAGAGUUAUUCAAAUGACCUCCUCAGAUUUUUUACAUAGUGAAAGAAAUUGGAAAAUGUGGUUUCUUUAAUACAAUGUACCAAAUGGAAGCAGACAGAAUUCUACAUCUCGUACUGAGCCUGAAAGUGAGAGAAACAUUGAACUGCAGAACAGACCCCAAUAACAAUUGACUGGAUGUUUCUGGAGGAACGUAGACGGUGUUUUUCUAAACUGCUCCCAUCCUCACAUUUUGGCACCAAAAGCAUAACAUCGACAUCAAUGCAUUCUGCAAAGUCUUUCCUCUCUCGUAAUAGGAAUAGAAUUUAGAAUAAGAAGCCGUUCAAACGUGCGCUUCAGCUUAAUUUCUAUGCAGUUAAUUUUAAAGGGCUGAAAUCAUACAGGAUUUAGAAAAAUGUUCACAAUCUUGAAGUCUCGUCUACAUAUUCAUACUUACAGCAAGAAACUCCAUUUAUAGCUUACAAUGUUUAACAUCUUUCACACAGUAUUGGUAUUUUGCUAUUAUAAAAGCCAGCAAUCCAGUCUAGUGUCUGCUUUUCAACAUCCACUAUUCACGCUGCAGGGCCUUCAGAAAUGACCUCCUCUAGUUUCCCUCCUGUUCUGACAUGUCAAUACAUCUCCUGUGAAAAACCAAUCAAGAAGCAUUUGUUUCAGGCCUUUAAAUCUUUGCAGAUUAGUUUAAAUGUGAUUUAUAUGUAUCAAUUAUAUGCCACGUUAAAUGAGAUUACUUUAAGACAUCUCACGAGUCGCUUGCUUUCAACCCAUGCGUCAGUUGCAUUGUUCAAAUGUCCUUUAAACUGAAUUAAAUAGGAGAAGUAAAUAUAAUAGCGUGAUGGUAUGGAGUUUAGGUUGAGUAGAGUUCAUGGUUUGGCCCUGCAGAGACUCCAUUGAAUCGAGGAAUCAAAGCCAGAGGUAAAUUGCAACAAUGUCCUUCAAGCCUGACUGAAAGGUAAACAUGUUUCUGUACUGCAUGAAAGUCUGUUUCAUUUGAGACGUUUUGGAUUUGUAAGGCGAGUCCCAAGGCUGCACUGACUGAAAAAAGUGAAAUACCAGCAAAGGUUAUUCUGUUCAUUUCCUGAAGUUAAAAAG